UGAGAAGGAGAGAGUAUGGGAUGACUACAGGGAGCACUUGAGAAACACCAGACAGCUCAUGGUCAGCUGUCUGAUGGGAAAGAAAUAAAAACAUAUAUAUCACCUUCCAGAAAACUACACGGAUUCUACUUUAUGUCUGGCAAUGAGACGGCAAUUCUGCAACAGCUGGCGAUUUUAGUGGUAUGUCAUGGCUUAGCAGUGGGUCAGAUCUCUUCUUAUUACUUCCUACUCCAAAGACCUAUGCCAUGGGUCAAAGCCCAGGAGUUCUGUCAGAAGUACUAUGUGGACCUUGCUGUCCUGACCACAGAGGAGCAGUACUUCACUGUCCUGAAUGCUACUCCUGCCACAAAAGUCAGCUUUUGGCUUGGUCUGAAGCGCCAGAGUGUCUCCAGUGACUGGCAGUGGGUGAAUGGGGAACAACUGGGCUAUGAACACUGGUAUAGGAGAAACUAUGAAGGCUGCUGUGCAAGUUUAGAGGCCAUGCUGGAAAAAGACAAGAACCUGUUGGCUCGCUACUGUAAGGAACCACACAUGGUUGUCUGUCAGGGUCCACAUUCCCCUCAGUCGGUGACAGUGGACUCAGUGGGUGCGGAACAUGUGAAUCUUAGCUGGAAUAUCUCUGCCUUUAUGCAGACGACACCACACAGUUACAAUGUGACCAUAUGUGACAGCAGGUGUGAGACAGGCCUUUACUCCUGCACCAAUGGUUCUGCAGCGAUGAGCAUCAGCAUCUCCAACUUAACAUCAGGCACAAAGUAUUUCCUACAAAUCUCUGCCUUUGUUGUUCGGCCUGACAGCGUUACUGGUGGAAAUGUCAUCCUGCAAAGUAACCCUACAACAGUAGAAGUUAAAACAGUAGAUCACGGUAUCAUCUUUGCUGUUUUGAUGGUCAUCAAACUCAUGUUGCUUGCUCCUCCACUGUGCAUUCUUUAUCAUAUCCUUAAAAAAGCAGGUAGUUUUGAAGAAUCAAAUCAUUACAUCUCUCCAGUGUUGCUCUCAACUGAAGACACAGUAGUUGAUCUGGUCUCUCAGAAAACUCCAGGCAUUGGUUAAGACACUGAAAAAACACAGUCUAGACUUUUGUAGAAAAAUCUCUUUAAAUGAAAAAUGCCAACACAAUGAAUAUAGAAUACAUGGAGACAGAUUCAUUUUUUAAAUAAACUGCUUCUCAUUUGCAAAUGAAUCGUUAACCAGUGAGUAGAAAAUACUACAGUUAAACCUUCUUUUUUGAAACAUGGCAUAGCCAAAUUUUCCAAAAUACAUUUGGAUUUUUAUUCAAUUUGAUCCUAAAUGAGUGACUAAGACCAUGAACUCAACAGGAUUGUGUUUUCCAUUGCCGUGUACCCACAGACUCAUAGUACUGAAAGCCUUUACGCAGCCAGAGAUAUUGCAUUGUAGCGGCCCUUCACAUAGGAUGCAGGUUUAAGGCACUUUCACAUUGGCUUCAUCUUUAUAAACAGACAGCUACACUGUUGUUUUGUAUUGUAUGGUUGUACCAUUGGGCAUUCAGAUUAGUGAGCAUAUGUGAAAAUAUGUGACCCUCAAAAUUUAAAAAAGUAAUCCCUGGAGUAUUUGUUAAAAGCAUUUUAUGCCAUAUUUUAAAUUCAUCUCAUUUUUUUUUUUAACUAAAACCACCUGUUAGUUGUUUCCCACAAAAUGUGUCAUGCUGUAACUCAUCUCAGUCUGAGUUAUGAAGUAUUAGCACAGGUCAAUACAAUGAAGUGUCAGAUGGGCCACUGUAGUAUCACUUUUUACCUCAAGAUGAAACCGUCAUUUGAUUUUAAUGAAUAGUAGAACGAAAUCACAUAUUAUGUAUUAUGUUGUUUGUGGUUUUGUUUUUCCACUUUUUCUUGAUGUACUCACCUUUAGUUUAUUUAAAAAAGCAAGAAAGUCAGUAAAUGUGAAAAAUGAACGAAGAACAAUAUAUUUCAUCCAGUGCUGCUAGAAGUUAUAAGUCAUAAAAAUAUAAACUAUUAAGAGGAACAAAAAGAAAAAUGUAAACUGUAAAAUUUAAAAAAUGUUUAUUGUUGUUAUUCUUCACUUUUAGCAUUUCUCUUUUCUUUUAUAUUUCUUAGUGUUUUUUGUUCAUUUGUUUGUUUAUUACAAUAUUUUUUUUUUAUUACAGGGCCCAUUGAUAUUGGACGAAAUAUUAUAAAGCUUCUCAAAAUGUACUUGUUGCUUUAAAUUAGAAUUAGACAAACAUAACUUUUAGGGUCUUCUCAAUAGUUUCAGAUUGUGGCAGUGCAUUUAAUUGAAUGUCAUGACCCAAAUGAAACAUUAGCAUUUCAAAGACGGAAAAUAACAUUACCAGUAUUCUUGAUUGAGAGUGAGAUAUUUUUCUUGAAUCAAACAUAGGUCAGAAAAGUAGUGAUUACACAAACAAGCAAUGUGUUUUACAUAAAGACCUUGCUGAUCUCAUGGUUCUCAGGCCUUUAGGCUGCCUUUAGGAUUUAUGUAGCAUAUCAGGCGACAAGUUAACAGUAACUGAAUAGUAGUAUAAACAGUUGACACUCUGCUGACAAGCUUAUUUACAAAGAGUGGCAUAAAUACAAAUAUUCAAUAAAGUUGUUGGUUUAUUGAUUAUUUGCGCACAUUUAAUGAAAAACAAAGAAAAAAGACUUUGGGAUUGUACCAACUUGUUCUUUCUAUAAUUUCUAUAAUUUUUUUUAUAUUAAUCUUGUUUGUUUUUUAUUCCUGUUGUCUACUAUUUAUAUUUGUUCCCGGCACAGUUGGUAUGGAGCACCUGUAAUUUCGUUGUACAUGUACAAUGACA